AUGGAAAAUAAAAAAAAUUCUAUCGUUAAUGAAAUUGAUUCUUCGCGUAAAAAACAAGUGUUAGAAAACCGAACUAAACUUUUUUCUAUUAUAGAAACAAUAAUAUUAUGUGGUCGUCAAAACAUCGCUUUGAGGGGCCAUCGCGACACGGGUCACAUAUAUGACAACGAUUCUGAAGUAAAUGAUGGCAAUUUUCGAUCAUUAUUAAGAUUUAAAGCGCAAACAGAUUCUUUAUUGAAAAACCAUCUACAAAAUUCGACUACAUUUGCUUCUUAUACAAGUCCUAAUAUUCAAAAUACAUUAAUACAAAUAUGCGGGGAAUUAAUUCAAGAAAAUAGAAUAUCAAAAAUUAAAACAUCAAAGUAUUUUUCAAUUUUAGUGGAUGAAACUCAAGAUAUUUCCCGAUUGGAACAAAUGUCGAUUUGUGUGCGUUAUGUUGAUCUUGAUACCUCGACAUAUUGUAUUCGGGAAGAUUUUCUUGAGUUUGUUGUUGCAGAUAAUUUGACUGGUGAGGGUUUAUCUAAAACAAUAAUGCAGCAAAUUGAAAAACUUGGUUUAGAAAAACAAUAUCUAGUCGGACAGGGUUAUGAUGGGGCCGCAGCUAUGAGCGGGCAGUUCAAAGGUGUUCAAAAAUAUAUCACAGGUCAGGUGCCAUAUGCAUUAUAUGUUCAUUGCGCAGCUCACUCACUGAACUUGGCGAUAAGUAGUUCAUGCAAAGUUGUGUCUAUAAGAAAUUGUAUCGGAACGGUUUCCUCAGUCGUUACAUUUUUUCGAGCUUCUUCACAGAGAUCACAUAUUUUAACUGAAAAUAUUAAAAAAUAUGUUCCUAAUAGUCGCCAGUUAACUUUAAUACGAAUGUGCGAAACUAGAUGGAUUGAACGUCAUGAGUGUAUAACUCGUUUCAAAGAGUUGUAUUUGAGCAUUUACCAUGCUUUAAAACAWUYGGAGAGUAGUUCCAAUAUUGAAACGUCAAAAGCUGCAUUUCAAUUAUCUUGUGCCAUUAGCGCUUCGAAUUUUGUAAUUUCUUUACACGUAAUUGAAAACAUAUUUUCUAUUACYUUACCCCUAUGCAUAGCAUUACAAAAAGUCAAUAUAGAUUUAUCUUAUUGUUAUGAACGAGUUGAUGAC